GCAGUCAACCCGUCGUCGUCGCCGCUUGGUACGGUUGUCUCGCCAUCUCGCUUGCUCAUACCCGAUUCUUCUCCCGGGAAAAGUCUUUUGCGUGCGCAUAAUUUGUGUUGGAUAACUCCAAUAUAUCGUGAUUUUAAGCAAGUUUAAAUUAUUUUAAAUAAAGUGUGAAACACAAAGUGUUACAGAUAUAUUUUUAUAUAAAUCAAAGCUUUCUCUUCUAAAUCGUGAAGGAUUUUUUGAUGCGAGUGAGCGUGAGGUUAACCUGUUUCUGUCAAACGUCAUUGUUGUUUUGAUAGAAUCGGUAAAAAAACGAAAAUUUAAAUUAAAAGGACUCGUAUGACGGAUUGAUUAAAGUUCAAUUAAACCAGCAGCUUCAGUGACGGAAGUUAGUGAUGAUAAAAAGAGAUAAAUGUUGAAAUUAAAUAACAGUGUAUGAAUCGUAACCCGACUUAGUGACAGUGGGAUCUUGUUUUGAUAAAUAAUAUUAGUAAUUUUGUUAUUACGAGUCCAGACAAUCAGUGGAUUUGUGUGGGUGCUUUGUGCGUUAUUUACUGCCACUUUGAAUUGGCUAAACGAGGAUACGUCUGCUUCACUUCUGUGAUAAAUCAAUGAAAUGUCGACAGCACGAAUAAUGGCGACCACAACCAAAUAAUGCUCAAACAACGCAGGCUCUUAGACCUCAACAUUGAAACUGUUAUGGUAAGCAGCCUUUUCGAUGACCACUUUAUAGUUCGAGUGCAAAACUGACGGCCGCCAUGAAGUCGUGGGGCGAGGCGCUGACACGCGGCGCGUCGGCGCACCUGCCUCGAGUGGGGCGUCUGCGCCGUGCGCUGGUGUUGCUGGCACUCGCCGCCUGCACGGCCGCGGCGCUGCUGUACUGGCGCCAGCAGAGCAACGAGCUGGCCCACCGCCCGCUGCACAACUUGUACAGCGGAUCCGAGCCCACAUGGACGUGGAUAUGCCGAAACGAGCGCUGCGAACGAAUGCUCGCGUCCGAAUCGAGCACGCUGCAGUCGCUGCCGACCUGCAACAUGCUGUGCGCGUCCACGCAGCUGUGGCCGCAGCCCACCGGGCCCGUCAGCCUUGCCACCGCCGCCGUGCCCGUCCGAGCAGACGGCUUCUCCCUCAAAGUCACCGCCACUACCUCGAAAGACGUCACCACCCACCUCCAGGGAGCCUUCGAACUCAUGACGGAAGACAUGCGCACUCUAGAAAAAUCAAUCAACGGAGAAAUACGACGCAACGACAUCGGCUCCCCUCGUAACGUCCUCGUCCGCGUCGCGGUCAAUGGCUCUGCCGAUCCCCGCAUGAGGCUCAACACCGACGAAAGCUACAAACUGUCUCUCCGGCCGACUGGGAACAAUCUAGUGGUCGACAUCAUCGCGCACUCCUUCUGCGGCGCCAGACACGGGCUCGAAACCCUCUCCCAACUAGUCUGGCUCGACCCCUACGCUGGGUCGCUCCUCAUCCUCGAAGCGGCGACGGUCGAUGACGCACCCAAGUUCGGCUUCAGGGGGCUACUCUUAGACACGGCACGUAACUAUUUUCCGUUGCCCGAGAUAAUGCGCACGAUAGAUGCCAUGGCCGCCUGCAAGCUCAAUACGUUCCACUGGCACGUGAGCGACUCGCAGUCGUUCCCGUUAAGACUGAACAGCGUGCCUCAGCUGGCGCAGCAUGGCGCGUACGGUCCAGGAGCUAUCUACACCAUGGACGACGUGAAAGCGGUCGUGCACCGCGCCAAACUCCGCGGAAUCAGAGUUCUGCUAGAAGUGGACGCGCCGGCGCACGUAGGACGGGCAUGGGGCUGGGGCCCGGCGGCCGGCCUCGGGCACCUCGCCUACUGCAUCGAGGUCGAGCCCUGGAGCUACUACUGCGGCGAGCCCCCGUGCGGGCAACUGAACCCCAAAAACCCGCACGUGUACGAUUUACUCGAGCGAAUCUACGCGGAAAUAAUCGAGGUGACCGGCGUCGACGACCUGUUCCACUUAGGCGGGGACGAGGUCUCCGAGCGGUGCUGGUCGCAGCACUUCAACGACACGGAUCCGAUGGAGCUGUGGUUGGAGUUCACGCGGCGCGCGAUGCGGGCUCUCGAGCGCGCCAACGGCGGGAAGGCGCCUGAGCUCACGCUGCUUUGGUCGUCGCGGCUGACGCGCUCGCCGUACCUCGAAAGACUCGACUCGAAGUCGAUAGGCGUGCAAGUGUGGGGCGCGUCCCGCUGGCCGGAGUCGCGCGCGGUGCUCGACGCGGGCUUCCGCUCGGUGAUCUCGCACGUGGACGCGUGGUACCUCGACUGCGGCUUCGGCUCGUGGCGCGACAACUCCGACGGGCACUGCGGCCCGUACCGCUCGUGGCAGCAGGUGUACGAGCACCGGCCGUGGGCGGAGGAGCCGGGGCCCGCGUGGCGUGUGGAAGGCGGCGCCGCCUGCCAGUGGACGGAGCAGCUGGGCCCGGGCGGGCUGGACGCGCGCGUUUGGCCGCGCUCGGCCGCGCUCGCCGAGCGGCUGUGGGCCGACCGGGCCGAAGGCGCGGCGGGCGACGUGUAUCUACGGUUGGACACGCAGCGCGCGCGGUUGGUCGCGCGAGGCGUGCGCGCGGCGCCGCUGUGGCCUCGCUGGUGCUCGCACAACCCUCAUGCGUGCCUCUAGCCGGAAACCACGCCCGCGCCGCCCGCGCCGGCGCCCGCGCGGGCCCCUAGCGCCGUCGG